AUGGGGAUCUGCACAGCCAUCCUUGGAAUGUGUCUUUUAUGGAGUCAAGUUCUAUCUACAGAUUUGGUCCUGAGGUUGGUGACUGGAGGUGGGCAGAGUAAGGGCUGGUAUCGGAGCCAGGUGGAGGUCCUAUACCAAGGCCCCUGGGGCACUGUGUGUGACGACAGCUGGGACAUCAAUGAUGCCAUCAUGGUCUGCAGGCAGCUUGGCUGGGAUUUGACCGGAUCAGGGCUGAUUGUCCUAAAUGACGUGGACUGCUUGGGGCAGGAGUCCUACAGGUGGAGCUGCCCCCACAGAGGCUGGCUCAGACACAACUGUGCCUGGGAAGAUGCUGGUUAUGAUGCAGGUUUGCCUCUGAGGCUGGUGAAUGGAGGUGACCGGUGUCAGGGCUGGGUGGAGGUUCUGUAGCAAGGCUCGUGGGGCACUGUGUGUGACGACAGCCGGGACACCCAGGAUGCAAAUGUCAUAUGUCGCCAGCUUGGCUGUGGCCAUUCUGUGUCGGCCCCCAGCGAGGCCCACUUUGGUCAUGGCUCAGGGAACAUUCUCUUGGGUGACGUGUACUGCUCAGGAAGGGAGCCCUACCUGUCGAGCUGUUCCCACAGCAGGUGGUACAGCCACAGAUGUGGUCACAGGGAAGACGCUGGAGUUGUGUGCUCAGGAUCUGAUUUGGUAUUGGACCUGAGGCUGGUGAACGGAGGUGACCGGUGUCAGGGCCGGGUGGAGACCUGGACAGAAAAGGGGGUCUCAGGCGAGUCAAUGCUGAAGUCUAACCGCUGCCAUAUUCACAGGCGAGGGCCUGCCCAGGUGACUUUGGCCAUGAAAAACGUCUCAGUGUGGAGCUUGCUGCAGAUCCUUGACCUCAAGAAAGGGAUGGAUGAGGUGUUCUUAUGUUUUUCUCUAGGUGACGAGUCAGCUCUGUCCCUGAGGCUAGUGAACGGAGGUGACCGGUGUCAGGGCCGGGUGGAGGUCCUAUACCAAGGCUCGUGGGGCACCGUGUGUGAUGACAGCUGGGACAUCAACGAUGCCAAUGUGGUCUGCAGGCAGCUGAGCUGUGGCUGGGCCACGUCCGCCCCAGGGAGUGCCCGGUUCGGCCAGGGCUCAGGGCAGAUUGUCCUCGAUGACGUGGGCUGCUCGGGGCAGGAGUCCUACCUGUGGAGCUGCCCCCACAAUGGAUGGCUCAGACACAACUGUAACCACGGGGAAGACGCCAGUGUCAUCUGCUCAGCUGCAGAAGUGAAUUUUACCACCCCAGAUGGGUGGCACCCAAUUACUACAACCGCUGUAGGACCCUCUUCAAAUUGUGGUGGCUUCUUAUUCAAUGCCAGUGGGACAUUUUCCAGUCCAUACUACCCUGGAUACUACCCCAACAAUGCUCAUUGUGUCUGGGAAAUAGAAGUGAGUUCCGGUUAUCGCAUAAACCUGGGCUUCAAUGACCUGCAGUUGGAGGUGCACGUUGGUUGCAUUUAUGACUAUGUUGAAAUCUUGGAUGGAUCGUUGAAUAGCAGUAAUUUGCUGGGGAAAAUCUGUAAUGGCACCAGGGAAAUAUUCACAUCUUCUUACAACCGAAUGACCGUUCGAUUUCGAAGUGACAUCAGUGUCCAAAACACUGGUUUUUUGGCUUGGUAUAACUCCUUCCCAAGAGAUGCCAGCUUGAGAUUGGUCAAUUCAAACGCCUCUUAUAAUGCAUGUGCUGGACGUGUGGAAAUUUACCAUGGUGGCAAAUGGGGGACAGUUUGUGAUGACUCCUGGAGCAUUCACGAUGCCCAGGUGGUCUGCAGACAGCUGGGGUGUGGAUACGCAGAAUCAGCCCUGGGAAAUGCCCAUUUUGGCUCUGGCUCUGGUCCCAUCACCCUGGACGAUGUGGAGUGUUCAGGGACAGAAUCCACUCUCUGGCAAUGCAGGAACCGAGGUUGGUUCUCCCAUAACUGUGGCCACCACGAAGAUGCUGGUGUCAUCUGUUCAGGAAGCUACACAACGACACCUGCUCCUGUUCACAACGUCACCCACCCAAACGCAAAUUAUUCCUGUGGAGGCUUCCUGUCCCAAUCAUCAGGACGCUUUUCCAGUCCAUUCUAUCCUGGGAACUAUCCGAACAACGCCAGAUGCGUGUGGGACAUUGAAGUCCAGAACAACUACCGCGUGACUGUUACCUUCAGAGACGUCCAGCUGGAAGGUGGAUGCAACUAUGAUUACAUUGAAGUUUUCGACGGCCCCCACCAGAGCUCCCCUCUCAUUGCGCGGGUUUGCGAUGGGGCUGAGGGCUCCUUCACGUCAUCAUCAAACUUCAUGUCUGUUCGCUUCAUCAGUGAUGGCAGCAUCACGAGGAAAGGGUUCCAGGCUGAGUACUACUCUAGCCCUUCCAAUGACAGCACCAAGCUGCUUUGUCUGCCGAAUCACAUGCAAGCCAUUGUGAGCAGAAGCUACCUCCAAUCCCUGGGCUAUUCUGCCAGUGACCUUGUCAUUUCCAGCUGGAAUGGAAGCUAUCAGUGUCAGCACCAGAUAACACCAAGCCAGGUGAUAUUCACAAUACCCUACUCAGGCUGUGGCACCAUCAAGCAGGUAGAUAAUGACACCAUCAACUAUUCCAACUUCCUCAAAGCAGCUGUUUCAAGUGGCAUCAUCAAAAGGAAGCCGGACCUCCACGUUCACAUCAGCUGCAAGAUGUUCCAGAACACCUGGGUCGAAACGAUGUACAUUGCUAAUGACACCAUUGAGGUCAAGGAAGUCCAGUAUGACAAUUUUGACGUGAACAUAUCCUUUUACACCUCCUCUUCAUUCUUACAUCCCGUGACCAGCAGCCCGUACUACGUGGACCUGAACCAGAACUUGUACCUUCAGGCAGAAAUACUCCAUUCGGAUGCCUCUCUGACCUUGUUUGUGGACACCUGUGUGGCAUCUCCUUACUCCGAUGACUUUAGCUCUUUGACUUAUGAUCUAAUCCGGAGUGGGUGUGUGAGGGAUGAGACCUACCGGUCCUACUCCCAGCCGUCGCCUCGCAUCGCCCGCUUCCAAUUCAGUUCCUUCCACUUCCUGAACCGCUUCCCGUCCGUGUACAUGCAGUGCAAAAUGGUGGUGUGCAGAGCCUACGACGACGGUUCCCGGUGCUACCAAGGCUGCAUAGUGAGAUCCAAGAGGGACUUGGGCUCCUACCAGGGAAAGGUGGAUGUCGUCCUGGGGCCGAUCCAGCUGCAGAUCCCAUGCAGAGAAGAGGAGCCUGGACCUGUCGGUGGCGGACGUGGAGGAGUCGGCCAGCUCCCAGGGGAGCUAUCACAGCACUGCCCUCUCCGCUGGGGUCUUCUUGGCUGUGGUCCUGGCCGUGGUGGCCUUCAUGCUGGGGAAGAGGACACGCCCCGCCAGUGGCCAGCCCCCGAGCACAAGGAUGUGAAGGCAGGACAUGGCAUGCAGACAUGGGCUCCAUGUGCUCAGUCAACCAAGAUAGGACAGAAAAAAUGA